AUGCCUUUCACACGCUCCCACCUCCUCCCCACCUUCGCCGCCCUCGACGAAGCCGCCAUGUCCAGCUGGCCCUUCGCCCGCGCCAUGGCCCACGAAGCUCAGCUCAAAGGUUUCGGAUCCCGACAAGCUCUCAUCGAGUCGAUGGUACGGGAGACGUUUGACAGAGGGGCUCAGAACGAGGUUUAUUUGAAAGUCGUGGAUGAGGAGAGUGGUGAGAUGGUUGCUGCGGCGGGGUGGAGGAGGGAGAGGAAGGGAGAGGUCGUGGGAAAGAGGAAGGAGGAGAGGAGUGAGGGGGGUGAGGAGGGGUUGGAGACGGUGUUUAGGAGGAUGGGAGAGGCGUGGGGAGGGUUUCGGGAGGAGUGGUUUGCUGGGGAGGAGAUUUGGCAUCUGGUUGUUCUUGUUACGCAUCCCUACUGGCAGAGACGCGGCGCUGGCAGUAUGUUGGUAGAAUGGGGCUGUAAGAAAGCUGACGAGGAAGGGUUGAAGUGUGCUUUGCAUGCUUCUGCUGCUGGGUUGGCCGUGUAUACGAAGCAUGGAUUCGAGAUCGUCAAGGAGACUGAGUUUGAUCUGAGUCCGUAUGGAGUGGAGGGAGUGGAGAUUAGGAGAGCGAUGAUCAGGAUGCCGAAGGGACAGAAGAUCACGAAGUGA